AUGGCGAAGGAUAACUUUCUACGACUGCAGUCUAUCUUUUUUUCCUUUCUGGGGUUCGAGCUGCAGCAGGAUAAGGAGGUUAGCCAUCGAUAUCCUUGGAGGAUUAUCUUCUUCCUUCUUUCGGUGGCCACAUUUCUGCCUCUGACUAUUGCCCUUGGAAUAAGCAACAUCCAAAAUGUAGAGCAUCUUACCGAUGCCCUCUGCUCAGCCCUUGUCGAUUUAGUCGCCAUUUUCAAAAUCGGAUUUUUACUUUGGCUCUAUGCGGAUCUGAGGCACCUUGUUAAGAGGUUUCGCUGUAAGCUUCAAAGCGAAGGUCAAUAUGGGGAUUGUGAGGCUAUUAUAUUGGCAUAUAAUAAGCGGGAUCUGUUCAUUAGUGCUCUGUACUGCUUGUGUUUUUUAUUGGCUGGAGUUUCUGCCUGUCUGAUGCCACUUUUGUCCAUUUUCAUCAUCUACCUUCGAACUGGAGAGGUGCAACCGGAACUGCCCUUUCCCAGCGUAUAUCCCUGGGAUAAUAAGCGUCCUCUUAAUUACCUCAUCUCCUAUUUGUGGAGUGUCAGUGCUGCGGUGGGCGUGGCCCUUCCCACUGUUUGUGUGGAUACUCUCUUCUGUGCCCUCACCCACAAUCUGACUGCACUAUUCGAGAUUGCCCAACUGAAAUUAAUGAACUUUAUGGGCAAAAGUCUGGGCGAGACCCGUGAGAAUCUGGUGCAUGCUUUUCAGCUGUACGGCGAAUGCCUGGAACUGGGCCAGUCACUGAAUGGAUACUUUAGGCCUCUUAUCUUUGCCAAGUUUGUGGUAGCUUCCUUGCACCUAUGCGUGCUUUGUUUCGUACUAUCAACUAAUUUGAUGGAACCGGCGAUGCUAUUCUACGUGGCCAUCCUUGGGCAGGUGUCCAUCUACUGUUUUUGCGGAUCUAGUGUCAAGGAGGAGAGUCAGCAAUUCGCCCAAGCUAUCUACGAAAGUAGUUGGCAGCAGCUUUUGCAGGACGAUGUGAAAGUAGCAAGAUCCUUGCAAUUUGCCAUGAUGAGAGCGCAACGAGGAUGCCGCAUUGACGGUUACUUCUUCGAGGCCAAUAGGCAAACGCUAAUUUUGAUUGUGCGCAGUGCCAUUUCAUAUGUGGCCCUUCUCAGAUCGCUCGCCUAG